UAAAAAAUUAUUUUUUGAGGAACGAUCAUAGUUUCAAACCAAAAGUCAAAUAUGGUUAGAUGCGCAAUAAAAUUCUCUAUCGAACCUGCUAUUCAGCUUUUUGAUACUUUCAGAUUUUUAAAUCCGGUAGAGUCCUUUAUCUGAAAAAGAUAUUAAUCAAUUAAAACAUUCUAUUGGUAAAAAUAUUGCAACAAAUGGUUAUUUGUCUACCAGUCUUUGUCGUAUAAUUGCUGAGAAAUUUACUGCUAAUGUAUUAUUUAAAAUUAAAAUUGAUACUUCUUUGAAAAAUAUUGUUUAUGCUUAUGUAUCAACUCAAAGUGCAAUACCAGAUGAAGAAGAAGUUUUAUUUGAUUUGGGUGCUUUGUUUCAAAUUCAAAAUGUCGAACAAGAGGAAGAAAACAAAUGGAUUGUAACAAUGAUUACUAUAAAUAAUACUGAAUAUUUACACGAUGAUGAUUUUGUUAGUGAACUAGAUCGUCUACAAAUAAAUACGACUGGUUUAAAUAUCAAAUGUGAACUUGUUUUCGGUCGAUUUUUGACAGAAUUGUGUAAAUAUGAUAAAGCAAUUGAAUAUCUAGAAAAAUUAUUACAACGUACAAUACUUAAGGAUUAUGACAAAUACAGUAUUUUUAUUACAAUUGCUGAAGCUUAUUUUCUGAAAAAAGACUUUGAUGACGCUUUACUAUAUGCCAUGGAGUGUUUAGAUCUUUAUUCUCAUUAUUUAAUGUCAAUUUCAGAUGACUUAGUAUUAGUUGCUAAUAUUUAUCUAAUGAGAAUGGAAUAUGAUCUUGCAAUAGAAUUUUAUGAAAACGUAUUAAAAAUAACUUCUAUAGAUAAUAUUAGUAAAAUAGCUGAACUGCAUUGGUAUAUUGGCUAUAUCUACGAUAAAAAACAAAACUAUUUGUAUGCUUUGAAACAUUGUCAACAAUCGAUAGAAAUACUAAAUGAAUUUGAAUCAUCAACCAAUUUUAAUAGAUCAAAAAUGUAUCCUAUGAAAGGUGUACAUCUUGCCGAUAAAACUUUUGGUUUUUUUUAUCGUAUAGAUGCAUUGGAGACUAUUAUUACAACAUUAAACAAUCAUCUAAGACAUUCGAGAUUUCAACCGCAAUGA